UGGGUCCAUCGCUGAUGACGUCAGAGGGACGGAUGAUUUGGAAGAUGGAAACCUGUUUGUGUUUUUGAUGUGUCUACUUUUGUUGUCAACUAAUCUCUAUUACGAGAUCCAAAUAAAUGUACAGUAAUUCAUACAAGAAAUGUGUGAAGGGCUCUAACUACGCGUACACCAAACUGAAAGCAGAUGACUGUGAUACAGCGGUGACACCUAACCGUUCCUGUAGUUUCACCAUGCCUCAGAAGCUGAUGAAGAGUGCCCACUACAUCGAGCUGGGGGGGAGAUACCAGUACUGGCCCGUGCUGGUCCCCAGAGGGAUAAGGCUGUACACAUACGAACAGAUCCCAGUGUUCCUGAGGGAUAACCCUUACAUCACAGAUGGCUACAGAGCCUACCUGCCCUCCAGGCUAUGCAUCAAAAGUCUGUUCAUCCUGUCCAAUGAGACAGUGAAUAUCUGGAGCCACCUGCUGGGCUUCCUGCUGUUCUUCACGCUGGGGAUCUACGACAUGGCGUCUGUGCUGCCUGCCACCAGGGCCUCCCGGGAGGACUAUGUCAUCUAUUCCAUAGGACUCUUCUGCUUCCAGCUCUGUAUGUUGUGCUCCGUGGGAUACCACCUGUUCUGCUGUCACCGCUCAGAGAAGACCAGUCGUCGCUGGAUGGCUCUGGACUACGCUGGCAUCUCCAUUGGCAUCCUGGGCUGCUACGUACCUGGGGUCUUCUACGCAUUCUACUGCAAUAACUACUGGCGUCAGGUGUACCUGGUGACGGUGCUAGCUAUGAUCCUGGCGGUGUUCUUUGCCCAGAUCCACCCCCACUACCUCAGCAAGCAGUGGCAGCGACUCCGCUCCGCUCUCUUCUGCAGCGUGGCCGGAUACGGCCUCAUCCCCACCGUACACUGGGUCUGGCUCAAUGGGGGCUUCUCUUCAGACCUCGUACAGUCUUUUAUUCCUCGUGUUCUGGGGAUGUACGCGAUCGCUGCCGUAGCCUUCCUCUUCUACGUCUCGAAGGUCCCCGAGCGCUACUUCCCAGGUCAGCUGAACUACCUGGGCUCCAGCCACCAGGUGUGGCAUGUUCUGGUCAUCGUGAUGUUCUACUGGUGGCACCAGGCUGCCCUCUUCAUCUUAACCCACCGCCACAGCCACCCCUGCCCAGACUACACUGUGCACACCUAGGACUACACAGACUACACUGUGCACACCUAGGACUGCCCAGACUACACUGUGCACACCUAGGGCUGCCCAGACUACACUGUGCACACCUAGGGCUGCCCAGACUACACUGUGCACACCUAGGGCUGUCCAGACUACACUGUGCACACCUAGGGCUGUCCAGACUACACUGUGCACACCUAGGGCUGUCCAGACUACACUGUGCACACCUAGGGCUGUCCAGACUACACUGUGCACACCUAGGGCUGUCCAGACUACACUGUGCACACCUAGGGCUGUCCAGAGUAAACUACCCCCAGGCAGACCAUGACUAGGACUGCCCAGAGUAAACUACCCCCAGGCAGACCAUGACUAGGGCUGCCCCCAGCGUGACUAGGGCUGCCCCCAGCGUGACUAGGGCUGCCCCCAGCGUGACUAGGGCUGCCCCCAGCGUGACUAGGGCUGCCCCCAGCGUGACUAGGGCUGCCCUGAGAGUUGACUAGGGCUAGCCCCCAGCGUGACUAGGGCUAGCCCCCAGCGUGACUAGGGCUAGCCCCCAGCGUGACUAGGGCUAGCCCCCAGCGUGACUAGGGCUAGCCCCCAGCGUGACUAGGGCUAGCCCCCAGCGUGACUAGGGCUGCCCCCAGCGUGACUAGGGCUAGCCCCCAGCGUGACUAGGGCUAGCCCCCAGCGUGACUAGGGCUAGCCCCCAGCGUGACUAGGGCUAGCCCCCAGCGUGACUAGGGCUAGCCCCCAGCGUGACUAGGGCUAGCCCCCAGCGUGACUAGGGCUAGCCCCCAGCGUGACUAGGGCUAGCCCCCAGCGUGACUAGGACUGCCCAGAGUAAACUACCCCCAGGCAGACCAUGACUAGGACUGCCCCCAGCGUGACUAGGGCUGCCCCCAGCGUGACUAGGACUGUCCAGAGUAAACUACCCCCAGGCAGACCAUGACUAGGACUGCCCCCAGCGUGACUAGGGCUGUCCAGAGUAAACUACCCCCAGGCAGACCAUGACUAGGGCUGCCCCCAGCGUGACUAGGACUGCCCAGAGUAAACUACCCCCAGGCAGACCAUGACUAGGGCUGCCCCCAGCGUGACUAGGGCUAGCCCCCAGCGUGACUAGGACUGCCCAGAGUAAACUACCCCCAGGCAGACCAUGACUAGGACUGCGCCCAGCGUGACUAGGACUGUCCAGAGUAAACUACCCCCAGGCAGACCAUGACUAGGGCUGCCCCCAGCGUGACUAGGGCUAGCCCCCAGCGUAAACUAGGGCUUCCCCCAGCGUAAACUAGGGCUGCCCCCAGAGUAAACUAGGGCUACCCCCCCAGCGUGACUAGGGCUGCCCCGAGUAAACUACCCCCAGGCAGACCAUGACUAGGGCUGCCCCCAGCGUAAACUAGGGCUGCCCCCAGAGUAAACUAGGGCUACCCCCCCAGCGUGACUAGGGCUGCCCCGAGUAAACUACCCCCAGGCAGACCAUGACUAGGGCUGCCCCCAGCGUGACUAGGGCUAGCCCCCAGCGUAACAGAGUAGGCCUCGUCCCCAGCGUAACAGAGUAGGCCUCGUCCAGGCCCAUCACUGGGCUCGAACCUGGACCCUUCUGCACAACACUCACAAAGCAACGUGUACCCGUCACAAAUAACUACUUCAAAGACUGCUGCUACAGAGACCGAUGUACGGAGCCAGAAUAAGCUUCUGCCACCAUGGAGCGGCCAUGACAGAGACAGAGCAAGGCAGCACCAACCACAAGUCAAAUCCCACCCAGUCAACCAUUAGAAAUGCUUUAGAUAAUAUAUUCCAUUUGGUAGAUGCUAUUAUGAAAUGCUCCGGUGUCUGCAGGAUCUUUUAGGUAUAGUGGGAUGUUGUCACACUACAUUGACCAGGCGCAUAGACUCGGCCUGAAAGCUGGCAUUGGGAACAACAAUACGAUACGCUACUCCCGAGACUAAUUCUACUUAGCUUAGCUGUUUGUAGCCGGAGCAUCAAGAGAGCGGGUAUACUACUGCAGCCGUGUUUACUCCAGGCCUAGUACUGGUCCCCCUUUUCCAAACUGCUGCUACAGGAACACACCUAAAGCACUCGCAAGGUCCUUCCUGUUUCUCUGAACAACAUCCUGUUAACCGUUCAUAUAGAUGUGAUUGUACUGUGGUAUAUAUAUAUAUAUUUUUUUUUUUUGCGUGAACAGUGUUUUGUAGUCUGUUAAUGAAGUGCUUAUACUGAUCAUGUACCAGGUAGCACUUCUGAUAUAUAUAUUUUAAAAUGUUCUUGUUUUUAGUAACGAAGAGACUUUUAUAUGGACAGCAUCAGUAUUCAUUGAUGGUAUAACACUAAUGAGGUAUGUGAAGAAAUGUGACACCUUGGCUGUGAUUUAAAAGCUGUUUGGAAUCAAACCGAAGAUACGGGGGGAGCUUCUAUUGGCUGAAGUGGUUCCCGCUGAAUGUACUCAGACCCCCCUGCCUUUAUUCCACGUGAUGUGUUAAAGCCUGAAAUAUAUCUAAUUCAUUUUGAAUGCUGUCACCCAUCUACACACAAUACAAAAGUAGCUAAUUUUACAGAAAUAUUCAACCCCCUGAGUCAAUACAUGUUAGAAUCACUUUUUGGAAGCGAUUACAACUGUUGAGUCUUUCUGGGUGAGUCUCUUAAGAGCUUUGCAAAUCAUUUUUUAACAAAUUCUUUAAGCUCUGUCAAGUUGGUUUUUCAUCAUUGCUAGACAGCCAUGUUCAAGUCUUGCCAUGGAUUUUAAUGCUGAUUUAAGUCCAAACUAACUCGGCCACUCAGGAACAUUCAAUGUCGUCUUGGUAAGCAACUCCAGUGUAUAUUUGGCCUUGUGUUUUAGGUUAUUGUCCUGCUGAAAGGUGAAAGUGUCUCCCAGAAAGUAGACGGAACCAGGUUUUCCUCUAGGAUUUUGUCUGUGUUUAGCUAUAUCCUGUUUAUUUUUAUCCUAAAAAAAAAACUGCCUAGCCCUUGCCAAUGACAAACAUACCCAUAACAUGAUGCAGCCACCACCAUGCUUGGACAUAUGAAGCGUGGUACUUGGUGAUGUUGUUUGCUCCAAACAUAACGCUUUGUUUUCAGGACAAAGUUAAUUUCUUUGCCACAUUUUUUUGGUGCCGUUUUGCUUUAGUGCCUUGUUGCAAACAGGAUGCAUGUUUUGGAAUAUUUUUAUUCUGUACAGGCUUCCUUUUCACACUGUCAAUUAGGUUAGUAUUGUAGAGUAACUACAAUGUUGUUGAUCCAUCCUCAGUUUUCUAUCAUAGUAAAAUCCCUGAGUGGUUUCCUUCCUCACCGGUAGCUAACCUAGGAAGGACACCUGUAUCUUUGCAGUGACUUGUGUAUUAAUACACCAUCCAAAGUGUAAUUAAUAACUUCAACAUGCUCAAAGGGAUAUUCAAAGUUUUUUUUUUUACCCAUCUACUAGGUUCCCUUCUUUACGAGACAUUGGAAAACCUCCCUGGUCUGUGUGGUUCGACCUGUUUGAAAUUCACUGCCUGACUGAGGGACCUUGCAUGUGUGGGGUAGUCAUAAAAAAAAAAUUGAACACAAUUAUUGCACACAGAGUCCGUGCAACUUAUGACAUGUUAAGCAAAUUUGUACUCCUGAACUUAUUUAGGCUUUCCCUAACAAAGGGGUUGAAUACUUAUUGAUAUUAUAUAUAUAUACUUUUAUUGACUCAAGACAUUUCCACUUUUCAUGUUUUGUAGAAAUUUUCAAAAACAUUAAUUCAAUAUUAUGAGGGUGACACAAUCUCAAUUGUAUUCAUUUUAAAUUCAGGCUGUAACACAAACAAAACGUGUAAAUAGUCAAAGGGGUGUGAAUGCAUUGUAUCGAUCUUUCCUUAUGAAUCUAGGCCUAAUUAGACCUAGAUAAGUGAAAUAAAAAAAUAAACAAGUAUUUAAGAAUCUCUUUUUUUUGAAUGUGUGCGCUCCUUUUUUUAACUUGGCUAUUUAUAUGUUGUUGUCAUUGACAACCGUACUGUAGCCCUUUUGUCAUCGUUUUAUGCAUUGAUUUUGUUUGGGAUAGUCACUGACUUGUGAACGCAUUACACUGUGCAGCAUUGUAGCAAAUGACACUUAGGUCUAACUAUCAGUAGGAAUAUGUAUAAUCAUAUGCUGUUCAGCGAGUUGAACCUGCAGAUCUGUUGUUCUGGAGUACAGGCUAACGAAACAAUGCUCAUAUGAAGUGCUAAUUGACUGUGUUGUCUUUUUUUUUUCUUGAUCUGUUAAGACUGCUGGGACCGUGUUAGUGUUAAAGCUACAGGUGACAUAGACCCUGUCUGCCUUAGAGGAUAAAGCUACAGGUGACAUAGACCCUGUCUGCCUUAGAGGAUAAAGCUACAGGUGACAUAGACCCUGUCUGCCUUAGAGGAUAAAGCUACAGGUGACAUAGACCCUGUCUGCCUUAGAGGAUAAAGCUACAGGUGACAUAGACCCUGUCUGCCUUAGAGGAUAAAGCUACAGGUGACAUAGACCCUGUCUGCCUUAGAGGAUAAAGCUACAGGUGACAUAGACCCUGUCUGCCUUAGAGGAUAAAGCUACAGGUGACAUAGACCCUGUCUGCCUUAGAGGAUAAAGCUACAGGUGACAUAGACCCUGUCUGCCUUAGAGGAUAAAGCUACAGGUGACAUAGACCCUGUCUGCCUUAGAGGAUAAAGCUACAGUCAUGUCUUUAGUUGUAUGCCUGUUAUUUCUAUUGAAGACCCUUCUAGGGUUAUGUGCAAUGACAAUGUUUUGUAAAUGUGUCAUAUUUAACCUUUUAAAGUUGUAGAAUGACAAGCUUGUAUUUUUCUCAAUAUUUAUAAAUGCUACAGUACUACCCUUGAGCAGGUUCAUACAUGCGAUGGUUGUCUGUUGGCACACAGGGUUCUGGGCGUGUAAUGAUAAAGCAUCUCUGAGUAGGACUGCUGGAUCUCGGAUCAAGUCUCACUGGUCCAUGUAAUAUUCAUUGUAAUCUAAAACUGAUCCUAGAUCAGUAAUCCUACUCUGAAACGCUGUAAGAAUACAGGCCCUUGUGUUGGAAGUGUCUAAAAAUCAAUUUUGCCGUAGGUCUUACUUUCUAUGGUUUUGUACAUUAACUCCCAAGUUGUGGUAAUAAAAUACAUAUUGGAUAA